AUGGUUGGCUCAGGAGCAACAGACAGAAGCAAAGAAGCAGUAGGGAUGAUGGCCCUUCAUGACUCCCUCAGAACCAUCUGUUUAAAUUCAGACUGGACUUACUCUGUUUUUUGGACCAUUCGACCUCGCCCGAGAGUUAGAGGUGGUAACGGCUGCAAACUUGGAGAUGACAAUGGUAGCUUGAUGUUGAUGUGGGAAGAUGGGUUUUGCAGAAACAGAGUUACAGAGUGUUUGAAUGAAAUGGAUGGAGAGGAUCCUGUCAGAAAAGCCUUCAGCAAAAUGUCUAUUCAGUUGUAUAAUUAUGGAGAAGGAUUGAUGGGGAAAGUUGCUUCUGAUAAGUGUCAUAAAUGGGUAUUCAAAGAGCCAACUGAAUGUGAACCAAAUAUCUCCAACUACUUGCAGAGUUCAUUUGAUGCACUUCCAACUGAGUGGAUUGAGCAGUUUGAGUGUGGCAUUCAGACUAUAGCUGUUAUUCAAGCUGGACAUGGCCUACUGCAACUUGGUUCCUGCAAUAUUAUACCUGAAGAUCUCCAUUUUGUGCUAAGAAUGAGGCGUACUUUUGAAUCCUUAGGCUAUCAAUCUGGAUUUUACCUAUCCCAGUUAUUUUCUUCUACGCGUAAUUCCUCGUCUUCAUCCAUGGUCCCGUUAGAGCAACCAGUUAUGCCGAUUCGCCCUCCUCCUCCCAUAUUUAACUUGGGCCAAAGGCCAAUCUCUCCAGCAGUUUCAAUGCUAACGUCUCCAAAUUUUCAAAAGACGGCUAGGGAUGGAAUUCCAUCUUCUGGAGAUGAACCCUUUUUACUCCCUCAUUCGUCUGAUACGAGGCGUGAUCAUGAAGACGAUAUCAAGUGGCCAAAUGGAUUGACUUUCUUCAAUGCAAUUGUUGGACAAACAGAUGAAGAUAAACUUUUGUUCAAUCCCGAGGGCUUUGGAAACAAGCAUGACCAUCAGAACCCAAACUCGGAUUCCUUGAGUUUGCAUAACAAUGAUAAUACGAAUCUCAACGAGUUCUUGAGCUUGGAUAAUCAUCCAAAUGUGGAUAACAACUUCGAGGGGAGCUUUACUUUACCUGCAAGAAUGGCUACUUCUUCAACUUCACUUGAUCAUCACGCAGAAAAUCCAGAGGAGUAUAGGAAUGAAGCAGGGAUGUACUCCGAUGUUAUGGAAACUUUCUUGGAGUGA